AUGGGUGGCCAACCAACCAGCCAGAGAAAGAAGGCCAAGCACACGCGUUCGCGACUGGGAUGUGGUGUAUGUCGGACCCGACGCGUCCGCUGUGACCAAACCCGUCCGGUGUGCAACAGAUGUUCUUCCACCAAACGCAAAUGCGAUGGAUAUACAGAGGCACCUAAGGCUCUCGCCUCUUCUCUCCAUCAGCUGACCCUCCUCCCCAAAGGGCCGGCAUCAGCCGUCCAGAUUGAGUUUAAGGAAUCCUAUGCAUUACGACAUUUUCUCCACAGCACAUCCAAGGAACUGGCUGGCGACUUUGAGGAUGACUUCUGGCGCUGCUUAGUACUUCAAGCCUGCAUCAAGCAGUCAUGCGUUCGCCACAUGGCGGUGGCCUUGGCCUGUUUGCACGGCUGUCUGGAACCACAGACUGACAUGGUGCCCAUCGCGGGCCAGCUGAAGAGCCAGGCCCUCUCUUACUACGGUAUGGCCAUUCGUCGACUCAACAGCCUUAUUGAUCGAUCUGGGUGGUCUCAAAUAGAAUCCAUCCUAAUGUGCUCCAUCUUAUGUAUUCUGUUUGAAUGGCGCCAGCAAAACUACGCCUCAGCUCUCACACAUCUCCGGAGCAGCUUGCACGUUCUCCAGCAGUGGUUCUUUCAUGCCAAUGAUACCAGUCAUGGCUCGAGUAGAAAGAUGGUAAAGGUGGAUGAUCAAUUUAUACGCCGCACUCUCUUGCCGGCCUUGGCUAAAUUGGAGGUGCAGAGUGUCUCUCUUUUGGGCGGGUACACUUCAAGUAUUUCCAAUCUUGUCGGCGAGCUCAGGCCGGACCUGGAAUUCAACACUCUCCCAGAAGCAAAGGAGAGCCUCUUCCGGAUUAUUGCUCAGGUUUACCUCCGAGCCCCCAAUGUGACUCCAGCCGAUCUGUCUCUCUUCAGGGCCCAGCAGGCCCAAUGGUCCGAAAGGCUGGAUAUUGUUCUGUCGCGCCAACCUCUCAAUACCGACGCUUACUUGAAAGGCAAAGCGGCCGUGCAGGCCAUCACUCUUUGCAUAUGGCGCAGGACUACCUAUCUCAUGGCCCUGAAGGAAAGUAUGAAAGAAUUCCAAUUUGAUUGGCUCUCUGGCGAAUUCUGGGGCAUCUUUGAACUUUGUGAAAGACUCGUAGGGAUGCAGCAGUCAUCAACAUUCACGGCUGACCUAUCAGUGGUCCUCGUCCUCUACUUUGUUGCAUUUCAUGCCCCUGAUUUUACCCUGAGACAAAAGGCCAUCAUACUUCUUGAGGCUUCCAGGCGGUAUGAGGGCAUCUGGAAUAGUGGGUUGGCGACUCUGGUCGCGAAGAAAGCGUAUGGGGCCGCCGAGCAGGGCCUGCUUGACAUAGAUGAGGCAAUCACCCAGUCGUUUUGGGACCUGGAGAUCAUAGACGGUCCAGAUUAA